AAUUUUUUUUUUUUUUUUGUGGAGGAUGUUUUGCAAUCACCGCAACAAUUGGAAAGAUUGUACUCUGAGGUUCAUUUCCUCAAGUCAUUGAAGCACGAGAAUAUCAUCAAAUUCUACAAUUCUUGGGUCAAUGAAAAAUCCCGGACUAUCAACAUCAUCACCGAGUUGUUUACCUCUGGCAGUUUGAGGCAAUAUAGAAAGAAACACAAGAACAUUGAUAUGAAAGCCAUGAAGAAUUGGUUGAGGCAGAUUCUUCGAGGAUUAUGCUAUCUGCAUGGCCAUAAUCCGCCCAUAAUUCAUAGGGAUCUGAAAUGUGAUAACAUCUUCGUCAACGGUAAUACUGGACGUGUUAAGAUUGGAGAUCUUGGAUUGGCAGUUGUGAUGCAGCAGCCUCUUGCUCAGAGUGUUAUAGGCACGCCUGAAUUUAUGGCACCGGAACUUUAUGAAGAACAAUAUAAUGAACUUGUUGACAUAUAUUCUUUUGGCAUGUGUGUGUUGGAAAUGGUCACCUGUGAAUACCCAUAUAGUGAAUGUAGAAAUCCGGCACAGAUAUAUAAGAAAGUUACUUCUGGUAUAAAGCCUGCCGCUCUGGCUAAAGUACAUGAUUUGAAAUUGAGAGAAUUUAUUGAGAAGUGUCUAGUUCCAGCAGCUAUGCGACUGCCGGCGUCUGAACUGUUGAAAGACCCAUUCCUUGUUGCUGAAAGCCCGAAGGAGAUCAAUCAUGAUACACUACUGCAGCUGACUAAUCCGCCAAUAUCUGAGCCUUGUCCUAUGGAGACAGACUCAAGCUCCAGGCAUACUUCACAUGGUUCCUCUGUGAGUAGUAUUGAAGAAACUUCCUUAGUUUCAGUGUUCGAUCUUCUGCAGGUGACUCAGAAAAACGAAUUCCGGUUAAGAGGGGAGAAAACUGCCACCAGUACAAUUUCACUUACCCUGCGAAUUGCCGAUGCAUGCGGUCGAGCAAGGAAUAUCCAUUUUCCGUUUUAUACCCAUUCUGACACGGCCAAUUCAAUUGCUGUGGAGAUGGUUGAGCACCUGGAACUUGCGAAGGAGGAUGUAACUGUGAUUGCUGAGCUAAUACAAAACAUGAUUCUGAAGCUCAUGCCCAACUGGAAACCUUCCUCUCAUUCCUCUCUCAACUUGUCAUCUGAAAAAGAUCACUUGUACAAGCCUUCGGAAGAACUUCGGAGCUGUGGAACAUCAAGUUGCCAGUGGCCAUCACUAUCAAGUGUUUUUGAUACAAAAGCAAUUCAAGAUGAUUCUGUUCGCUUACAUCAUGAUGGAGAAAAUCAUUAUAUACAAGAAUCUGUUAUGUCAGAGAUUUCAUCAGAGUAUGGGACUACAUUUGCUUUAGAUUCGAAGAGUGAAGAGCAUGAUAGCUUUAGUAUGGACGGAUGCUGCAAAGGUUCCAAUGGCUUAAAUACCAAUUCAGAUGCCGGGUUCUGUGCUCAAGAUGAUAAUGAACAAUCAGAGAAAUCAGCAGGCGUUAUCAAUUCACAAUGCAGUGCAUUCGAAAACUUUGACGUGUCAAGUAUAUGUUCUGUUGCUCUAGCCGGCAUAGAUAAUUCAAACGAGCUACAGCUGGAGCUUGAUGCAAUAGAAACGCAGUAUCACCAAUGUUUUCGUGAGCUCGUGAAGAUGAGGGAGGACGCCAUAGAAAACGCCAAAAGGAUGGAUUACAAGGAAGAAAAUAUCAGUUAUGUGAUGCACUAAGAUGAUUUUGUCCCGGGUUUUUUUUUACCCUGUAUUUUUUGAAGAGUAUAGUGAUAGUUAGGUACUGAAAAUUUCGACUUCGGACUAAUUAGUUUCUGCAAAAAAAAGGGUACCAAUUUAGUCUUUUAUGAUAGCAAACAGUGGAUAUAUAAUGUCCUUUUAUCAAUUCAUCGCUUAAAAUUUAAGGGUGGUGUUUAUAUAUAUCGAUAAUAACUUUAACGU